AGCGCUGGUCGUCGAGUCACAAAGGAGGCGCCGCUUGAUGACCGCGCCGGAUGGCGCCUAAUGGCUGAUGUCGUUCUUAAAUUGAUCAACAGCACUGCUGCCUGCCUGCCUUCCCCUUCCUUCCUACCACCUCAAGCAUGGAUGCCCAACGCCCCGGUUUUGUCCUCCAACAGAACAUCUACACUAUUCCCCAUCCUUCAAUUAUUGUCUCUCGUCACAACGCGAAUGCAUUGAGAGCAACGACACUACAUGAUUUUAUGGCUUCUGUAGCUACAACCGGUCAUCUGGGAAUAGCGCCUGUCUAUGGCUCCAAAUGCGCACUUUCCACUGUCGCUUUUGCAUCUUCGACCCACGUUAUGAUCAUCGACUUUCCAAGACAGAGAAAGGGAGGGGGGAAUCUUCGUGCUUCAGGAAAGCGCCCCGCCCUAGACUUGCUAGAAUAUAUUGUUCUGCGCAGCUCUUAUCCGAAAUACGCCUUUCGCAUGGACAACGUAGCACUAUCGCUCAUACUUGACCUUAGUUUGCCUAUUGUCAAUGGUGUAGACCUAUUGGACCUUCAGUCUAACCGACAGUCCUUCGAGUCAGUUCUCGUCGCCUUGGGCGGUAAAAGCUAUCACAGCCAGCUCGAUCGUAACAACGUCGCGACUCUAUUUCAGCAGGAGGAAAGCAGUCAGACACUUGAUAAGCACACUGCUUUGCAAGCCUGGUCGGCAUGCCGCGCCGCGAUGCUUGACCACAUGGCGACCGCAAGCGACGCUCCGAAGAUCUCUACGUUGAACUUCGAUCAAGCACGCUUAAUGGUUCUGGCAAAGAUUAAUCGACACGCGCACCGUCUGACGGAUUUGAAGCCUGUCAGAAUGCGCAAUGAAGUUGAAGCAGCGUUUAGCCAUAAGUCCGGCAAACUGAAUGUUUCUUCUGCUAGAUUCAAGAAUCGAAUCAGACAAUCAGGUGCAUGGCAGACCAUGGAGAUCUCGUCCACUGAUCGGAAUGGUAAACACAAGACUACUCCCGGUCGUGUCCUUAGAGUUGAAGGACGUGCUGCAACAAUCGCAAUUCAAGGCCACUUGUCAACAACCCAGGCUCCCCUCAAAGUUACAACUAUAGGUAGAGAAGAACCGACUCAAGCUGAGCAGGCUAGAGUUAUGGUAAUUCUCGCCGCUCUACAACAGUCAUCUGCCAUCCUCGACCACCCGUUCAUCCAAGCACUCUGGUUCCCACGAUCAGAAAUAUCCUGGGCUACUCUCCCAUCUUUUACUCGCAACGUUACCAUCAACUUCCCAGGCCCACUAAACAACUCUCAGCGUCGCGCAGUCGAUCUCAUUCUUUCAAACCGUGAUGCCGAUAGGGUCACCCUCAUUCAAGGGCCCCCGGGUACAGGGAAGACGACUGUCAUAGCAGCUGCAGUCACGAGUGUAAUCGCGUCCACUGACCGGAACCGGACACUAUGGCUUGUAGCACAUUCCAAUGUUGCUGUCAAGAACAUUGCGGAAAAGCUGGCAUCGAUUGGAUUCUUAGGGUUCAAGAUUCUCGUCUCGAAAGACUUCCAUUUCGACUGGCAUGAGCACUUGUAUAGAUUGAUAGAAUCCAACCUUGUCCGUUCGGAUGAUUUCGUCCCCGACAGAGCGGCUAUGGAAAGGCUGCUUCUAGAUUCGCGCAUCAUACUGUGCACCCUCAGUAUGCUGUCCAACGACAGGAUGUCCACUAUUGCUCGGAUAGUGCCAGUCCAAACAAUCAUCUUCGACGAAGCAAGUCAGAUCGAAGUCAGUGACUAUUUUCCUGUGAUACACCGGUUUGCAUCUUCGUUGCAAAAGAUGGUCUUCAUUGGAGACCACAAACAGCUGCAGCCGUAUGGUCAGAGCGACAUUCCAGACUUGGAGAGUGUCUUCGAUAAGCAACACCUUGAUCAGAAAAUACACAUGCUUGACACCCAGUGUGAGUGAAUUUACUUGCUCGCAUACGCUACGACUGCCCACACGGUCACAGAUCGUAUACCUAGGCAAAUCGGGGAUUUUAUAUCCGAACAUGUCUAUGACAAACAACUCAAAACGGUCCAUGAUAUAUCCUCGAAGACUUGCUGCCGUUU